AGCCGGCUAAAUAAGACUUAAAUGUGAUGGGAACGCAUCCAACAGGAAAGUGUGAUUAUUGCCAGGAAACAGAGACCGUGAAGCAUGUAUUGCUACAGUGUGGGCAGUAUCAGAGGGAAAGAGAGAGGCUGAUAUCUAGUAUGAGGGAGAAGGGGAUACAGGAAAUUAGUUUAAAGAGUAAUUGAGUAGAACAUUAUUAGAUAUAGUCUCAAAUAUUUUCUAUUUUUUAUGAGCAACGGGGCUGGCAGGUAGGAUUUAGUUUCUCUCUGGCUCACACUCCAGUAGAGUAGGUGUCUGUAAUGCACCACAACGUUGGAUGCCAACCGCCGAUAAUCUCCACCGAAGAAGAAGUAGUAGCAGUAGGUGGCGAUAAUAAAACAUUUAUUGGAUGCCAACCGCUGUUAACCUCACCGAAGAAGAAGUGAGGCAUCGCUUGAAAGCUGUCAAGGGGGAAAGAAGCGAAAAGACGUCAACAAAACGAUCUAGCCACUUUAUCAAGACUGGUGUGUGAGAGAUCGUUAAUAGAAAGAAAUCAUUCUAACGACUCUGUCGAUCUUGGACAAGUAUAGAGGAAUGGGCUGUGGUUCCAUUAUAGUUGGAUCUACCCCUACUAGUCCUGAGGCCACACAAGGAGCCCAGCCCCAGGCCCGAAACAUGAGAUGAGGCCUCAGCAACCCCACCCCAGAAACACCAUCACCACUACUACUAACAUAGUCUGUCACACUCCUAUUACAACUUAACCCUCAACAUAUGCCCCCUGCCCCAGGACCAGCUCUUGUAUCCCCUUCCCUUCCUCACCCAACCCCCUACCACCCCCAACCCAAUACACCCCACAGAGCAGUUUAGCCCACCACGAGACUUGAGUCACCAGCCGAUCAGCUCCUAGUAGGCCCUGUGCGCCUCCAUCGGCGGCCCUCCCCGGCGGUGUGUUGGUGUGCGAUGGCGCGGCGGGACGCUGAAGGCUGCCGCCGGGGAUUGUGAUGUCAGAACCCGCCAGCCCAGGCGAGAGCCAGCGCGCCGCUCCCAGAUUCUUCGUGGGCUGCGAGGACGAUGAGAGCGAGGGUCUGGAGGACUACGACGGCUGCAACAUGAGGACAGACAUGGAGCUGUACGAGGACGACGAGGACGCGGACUCGCCCCCGGAGCGACAGAUCGUGGUGGGGAUCUGUUCCAUGAUGAAGAAGUCCAAGUCUAAGCCCAUGACCCAGAUCCUGGAGCGGCUGUGCAGGUUUGAGUACAUCACUGUGGUCAUCUUCCCCGAGGACGUCAUUCUCAACGAGCCCGUGGACAAAUGGCCCCUCUGUGACUGCCUCGUCUCCUUCCACUCCAAAGGAUUCCCGCUGGACAAGGCAGUGAGCUACGCCAAUCUCCGAAACCCACUGCUCAUCAAUGACCUGAACACACAGUACUACAUACAGGACAGGAGGGAGGUGUAUCGUAUCCUGCAGCAGGAAGGCAUCGAUCUACCACGCUACGCUGUGCUGAACCGCGACCCAGAUAAACCAGACGAGUGUAACCUAGUCGAAGGAGAAGACCAUGUGGAGGUGAAUGGGGAGCUGUUCCCUAAACCCUUUGUGGAGAAACCCGUCUGUGCUGAAGACCACAACGUCUACAUCUACUACCCCACCUCAGCGGGAGGGGGAAGCCAGCGCCUCUUCAGAAAGAUCGGGAGCCGGAGCAGUGUGUACUCACCAGAGAGCAACGUGAGGAAGACAGGCUCCUACAUCUACGAAGAGUUCAUGCCAACGGACGGGACGGACGUUAAGGUGUAUACGGUGGGGCCUGACUAUGCCCACGCUGAGGCCAGGAAGUCUCCUGCCCUGGACGGGAAGGUGGAGAGAGACAGCGAGGGGAAGGAGAUCCGCUACCCCGUCAUGCUCACCGCCAUGGAGAAACUAGUGGCCCGCAAGGUCUGCCUGGCAUUCAAGCAAACAGUGUGUGGCUUUGACCUUCUCCGAGCCAACGGUCACUCCUACGUCUGCGACGUCAACGGCUUCAGCUUCGUCAAGAACUCCAUGAAGUACUACGACGACUGUGCCAAGAUCCUGGGUAAUAUAGUGAUGAGGGAGCUAGCUCCUCAGUUCCACAUCCCCUGGUCCAUCCCUACUGAGGCUGAGGACAUCCCCAUCGUCCCAACCACAUCUGGCACCAUGAUGGAGUUACGCUGUGUCAUCGCAAUAAUCCGCCACGGAGACCGAACUCCUAAGCAGAAGAUGAAGAUGGAAGUGCGGAAUCCCAUGUUUUUUGAAUUGUUUGACACAUACGGGGGUUACAAGACAGGGAAAUUGAAGCUGAAGAAGCCCAAACAACUGCAGGAGGUACUGGACAUAGCUCGGCAACUGUUGCUAGAACUGGGUGAUGGAAGAGAAGACUGCGAGAUCGAAGAGAAGAAAUCCAAACUGGAGCAGCUGAAGACCGUUCUGGAGAUGUAUGGCCACUUUUCAGGGAUCAACAGAAAAGUACAGAUCACCUACCUGCCCCAUGGGCAGCCCAAAACAUCCAGCGAGGAGGAAGACACACGUAAGGAGUGCCCUUCUCUGCUGCUGGUGUUGAAGUGGGGAGGGGAGCUGACCCCAGCAGGCAGGGUACAGGCUGAAGAGCUGGGCAGGGCCUUCCGCUGCAUGUACCCCGGAGGACAAGGAGACUACGCUGGGUUCCCUGGCUGCGGGUUGCUACGGUUACACAGCACGUACCGACACGACCUCAAAAUCUACGCGUCUGACGAGGGCAGAGUGCAGAUGACUGCCGCAGCUUUCGCCAAGGGUCUGCUGGCGUUAGAGGGAGAGUUGACGCCCAUCCUUGUGCAGAUGGUGAAGAGUGCCAACAUGAACGGCCUGCUGGACAACGACAGCGACUCGCUCAGCGGCUGCCAACACCGCGUCAAGGCCCGUCUCCACGAGAUCAUGCAGAAAGACCAGGAGUUCACCGAGGAGGACUACGAUAGGCUGGCCCCUACAGGUGCAGCCUCUGUGGUUAACUCUAUGAGGAUUGUGGAGAACCCUGUGAUGACAUGCGACCAGGUCUACACACUCAUCCAGAGUCUCACCUCCCAGAUACGCAAGAGACUAGAGGACCCCAAAUCUGCAGACCUGCAGCUGUACCACAGUGAGUCUCUGGAGCUGAUGCUGCAACGCUGGUCCAAGCUGGAGCGGGACUUCCGGAUGAAGAGUGGCCGCUACGACAUCAGCAAGAUCCCGGAUAUCUAUGACUGCGUGAAGUACGACGUACAGCACAACGCCACGCUGGGCCUGGAGGACACACUGGAGCUGUUCAGGCUGUCCCGAGCCCUCGCCGACAUCAUCAUACCACAGGAAUACGGCAUUAACAAAGUGGAGAAGCUGGACAUAGCGUACGCCUACUGCCUACCUCUGGUCAAGAAGAUCCAGCUGGACCUCCAGAGGACCCACGAGGAUGAGUCAGUCAACAAACUCCAUCCACUGUACUCUCGAGGAGUGAUGUCACCAGGUCGCCACGUGCGGACACGUCUGUACUUCACCAGCGAGAGUCACGUCCACUCUCUACUCAGCACCUUCCGCUACGGAGGCCUGCUCGACGAGGAGAAGGACCAGCAGUGGAAGCGGGCAAUGGACUACCUUGGUGCCGUUUCUGAACUCAACUACAUGACCCAGAUAGUUAUCAUGCUGUAUGAGGACAACAACAAGGACCUGUCGUCAGAGGAGCGUUUCCAUGUGGAGCUUCACUUCAGCCCUGGGGUCAAAGGUUGCGAGGAGGAGGAGAAAGCACCAAUGGGCUUUGGCUUCCGUCCCGCUUCCGCAGAGAAUGAUCAGAAACAGACAGACCCUGGCAGCUUGGAGGAUCUAUCACGUGACGAGCCCGACCGGGCCCUACCACUCUCUGAGCCAAUGGGCAUCCACCGGAGAUCCCCUCUGAUUCGCAACCGGAAGACUGGGUCUAUGGAGGUCCUGUCGGAGACGUCUUCAUCCAAAGCAGGCAGCUACCGUCUCUUCCCCUCCUGCUCUCGCCAGUCCCCUGAGAUGAAGCAGAGUGGUCUAGGAUCUCAGUGUGCGGGACUCUUCAGCACCACUGUCCUGGGAGGCUCCUCUAGCGCCCCCAACCUGCAGGACUACGCGCGCACACACCGGAAAAAGUUCUCCUCAGGCAGCCUGUCCUAUAAAGACGAGUUGUUGUCUAUGCCGGCAGUAAAGAGAUUUUCUGUGUCGUUUGCAAAGCAUCCGACUAAUGGGACACAGGAUGAUACGUCUGCUGUAGCUGUUCGCCCUCUGUGGUGGCCUGUCUCAGAGCCCUUGGAGGAGCAUCACGUGGCCCAGCUGUUGAGGCGCUUCUCCACUGAUGCCAACCUGUGCUGCCCUCUCUCUCUGGACGGGGCGCUGGCCCACCACCUCAACCAGUGCUCCUACCACCUCCGCCUCUUCCGUAACUGGCUCAUCUCUGGCCAGGACUCCCUAGAGUACUUCUACGGCUUUGAAGGCUGCUCCAUGGUGCCCUCCAUCUACCCACUGGAGACGUUGCACAACUCGCUGUCCCUCAAGCAGGUGGAUGAGUUCAUCACCGCCGUGUGUGAGACUGGUGGAGAUGCCCACUCCAGGACCACAAGAGCUCUGUCGGCCAUGUUUGACUCUCAGAACCAGCCGUCGGUGGACUCCUACAUGCCUCAGAGAGUCCUCUCCUCCUCCGUAUCCCCCCGACAGCGCUCUGACAGACCUCCCUGGUACAGCAGCGGUCCGUCCAGUACGGUGUCCAGCGCUGGCCCCUCCUCCCCCACCACGGCAGACGCCUCCCCCCAUUUUAGCUUCAGUGACAAGACCCCCUUCACCCCCCAGAACAGCGAGGAGAUCCACUCCUGCCUUCACAACACAGGCCAGCAGGCCCCUACUGCUGGACCCCAAACCCCCAAACUCUCCAAUCCCACCAGCCCCACGGAGGACCUGACCACCCCCUGCCAGACACCCCCAGAAGACAAUCCUGAGGCCCCAGCCACCCCCAGCCACCUGCCCCUGAGUGGAAACUCUGAAACAAGGCAGGAGGAGCCAGGCGAGUCCCCUGCUUCAACUGAGGCCACUUGCGGUGAAGUUCCAGACGACAGCCCAUUGAGCCCGUCUUCCCCACUGGCAGACCUCUCUCUGGGCCGUAUGGAUGAAUAUCUCCCCGGUUCUCUCCCGGUGCUCCUGGAGCUCAGAGAGAGCGGCAGUGAGGCAGGAUCCAGCGCACAGACGCCCCAGUCCCCAGAGGGGCCUGACGAGUUCUUUGACACCCAGGAGACGGUGGAGAUGUGGAGGGGCAGCACGGGGAGCCUCCCCCAUCCUGGGAGGCCACUAGAGGUGGGAGCCCCUCACGCGUCAGAGCCCUAGGUGGGGUCUCAGAGAACCAGAGAAGGAGCCUAGGUCUUCUAAGAGGCUAGAAGGAGGUAAGGUAGAACGUCUAGGGGGCUGGAAGUAGGCUUCCAGGAAGCCCUUCAAAAACUCCUCGGCCAGUUCCAUGUGGUGAACCCCCAGUGGGGCAUCCUAGUGACCUAGUCUUAGACCAAGGCUUGUAACUUAUGUCUGGUGAAUAGUGGAUCGGGCUGCUGCUUCUUAGUUCUCUACCCUGGUCGUGUUCAUUAGGCACAAAAACUGAGGAAAAGGGACUGAAAAAGGGAGACGCUUCCUGGACUUGUCCAUUAAAAUACGAGCAUUUUCUCUUUCCGUUACAAAACGUUUUAAAAUGUUUUUCGUGGCAUGCCAUAAUGAACACGACCCCAGUCUCUCUCCCACAGCUGUCUGUGAACCAGCCGUUGUAGGAGAACUCGGUAUGAUCAUAGAACUACCACCUAGUACAGUACAACAUCCUUAUCAUGACUGUCAUGUAUGGAUGUUUUUGUCCCUGUGUCCGAUAGAAAGCCACUUGUUCUGAAGUGAAGCUUUGAUGUUGCUGGUGUAAACAGUUUAUAAUGGGUGACAUCUUCUAUCCACUGAACAGCCCUCAGUGUGCACCAUUGUGGAGAUCUCGCCAAAUAUAACUGAAACAUUUAAAUUUGACGGGUGGGCUCGCAUAUUGCAUCAUGUACAUUGCUACAUACAUACCGUUUACUAUAGCUAGAAUUGCAGCAUGUCCACCAACUCAUGGACAUUGUAAAAGGAGAUGGUUUGAGAGACAUCUCACUUCAAGUAUUGUGAGUAAUACGUUUAUUUUUCCUGCUGGGAAAUGUACAUGUCAAAAUGUGUGGAUUAUAUGUAUAUUGUGUUGCAAUGUAAUUUAAACACAAUUUCAUCAAGUUCGGCUUCGGCAAACGCAAACAAAGCCGUUUUGAAAUGCAUUUUCAGUUGGCAACUUUAUUGCAGUAUAUUGAAGUCAUGGUCUUGUCACACAUUGAAAUGAUAAAUGCACCACAUGACUGGUCUGUGAUGUUUCAUCAAACAGAAGAUGUCACCCUGUGUGUUUCCCAAGUUGUCCUAUUCUAGGCGAUCCUCUCCCUGUGAUGGUCUGUAUCACCAUUAAGGUCUGUUCACUUGAUAUGCGCCACAACUGUAUUGCAUCGAGCCAACAAGAGCCAAGCUAGGCUCUUAUCAGCACGCUGAGCUCCGAGAUAAAGUCUAUUAAACUCUGAUCUUGCGCUGCACCCGACCAAGCAGCGCUCAGCACCUUGUGCCAAUCAAGUGAACGGGCCUUAGAAACUCCUGACCAGCAGCUGAGCUCUUUUCUUAGGGGUAAAGAAGAGCUCCACUACAUGUAUGGUGAGAUUUAUUAUUGCCGUUUCCUCUUUUGAGAUGAAAUAUACUCAAAUCCUAGCCUGGUCCCACACUGCACAGAUGUAGGCUCUUCAUUUGAGCCAGUUUGCUACAGCAGGAAAAUAAUCCUACAGGAACUGGAAAUGUGGAUUAUAAUUAAUGGACAUUUUUGUAGGGGGUCAUUUGAUACAUUUUUAAGUGGAAAUUACAAACUUCAGAAUCCUUUUUAAACAUCAAAUACACUACACAAUUUACAUUUCCUGCAUUGCAGGAAAGUUCUCCUGCAACAGGGUGAUCAAAUGAAGAUCUUACAUCUGUGUGCUGUAGCUAGCUUUUCUAUUGUUGUCAAGCCAAUGAACGCAAACACAGAGGAGUUGGCUAAAGCACAAACGGACUGGAGCACCAGGCUACUAUCCCUCUAGCCCAGGUUUGAAAACAGCCCCUUGUCACUUCCCCUAGCCCCUGAAGGACCUGCAUAGGAGGGAGCAGUACUCCACUGACUGUAAAAAUAACCCACAUUUCAUUCAAUCACAACUUGUGCACUGCUUUUUUUGCCAAAUUCCUUAAACCUCAACUACCACUUUAAGUAAUCAUAUAGAAACCAUAUGACGAGAGAGAUCUAUAUUUAACUUUGACUGACGCCUAGUGAGGUGAUAUUUUUAAUGCAGAGCCAUCAGAUUUAUUAACAGUUUUAACUUGUAUCAUAGCAACUGUAUAUUUUUGUAAAAGAUCACCUCAAACACAUUACUGUAUUAAGCAAUCUUUUUUUUGACUGAACAAAAGAGGUCGGGGUAUUUUUGGAUGGUUCUCUGUGGUUCCAUUGCAUUAAACCGUUUUUGUUGCAGGGCCUGUUCUGUGCGUGGACUGUUAUCAGUGUGUGUGAGAGAGAGUAAAUAAGAUUCUGUAUUUGACUAUUGGAGUUGGUGCAGUCGUAUCGUGAUGUACUGUAGAGACGAUUAUUUCUGUCACCUAACACAAUUUAAUGUCAGUCAAAGAAUAAACAACACUGCUGCUGCAUAGAAUCAACAUUAACACUGUAAUCUGUCAUUGUUUCAUUGGAUAUGUACAGAUGUGUGUCAAAAUCUACACAAUGAAACUCUAUCUGAUUGUGUGUAAUACCUUUGGUCUGUGUCUCCGGCCUACGUAGGGGUUAGUGUUGUCUGUUGUAAAGUGUUUGCAACAUUUCAUCUGCGCUUCAGGAUGCUAAACUACACUGAAGUGCUGUGUCUGUUUGGUUUGGAAAGAGAUUAACCCUUUUUGAGUCAUCUUUUUGAAGGAGUUGGAAAGUGAGUAGAUCAAAUGAAAUAGCUUAAUGAAGAAUACCCUGUUUAGCUGCUAUGCACUUCUAAACUCUUCAUGAAGGCUUUACGAAUGAAAAAUGCACUUACAUGCUUUUGGAGCUCUCAGUGAUUUCAGCCUUUUAACUUAAAAGAUUCAGCUGAGAAAACGCACUCUGCUUUAAUUUCUAUGCUAUUUGCUGUGUGGGGUAAUCGACUCAAUGGCUUCUACAAAUGCAGCUUUAUUUCUCUAAAGAAUGUUCUGAAUAAAAUGUCCUGUGAAAUUA